UCUUAUUGUCGUUGUAACUUAAACCACAGUGUGACUGCUUUUAACAGUAUUGACUUGUAAAUUGAAUAGAAUUUCUUUUGGACUUGACAAGUUAAAUAGUAAAGUUACGCGGAAUGAAUUAUAAAUAUAAAUAGGGAUGGAUUUGCUAUGGUGAAAUGCUUUUCGUUGUAAAUCAAUGUGUUUCGUUGAAAUUGGACUAUUAUUAAAAUUCUCUUUGUAUACGACGUUCAGUUUGGUUUUGAAACUUGUUUUAUAUAUUGUGUAGAGUUAACAAGAACUUGUGGAGUUAAACUACAACUGGCAUUGAAUUCAAUACAAUAUUGUAUAAACUAUCAUAAUCUAUGUCAGAUGUGCAUGUAUGUUUUGAAAGGGUGUUUAAAUUUUGUCCUAACCUUUCAUAAGACCUUAUAAUCGGGUUUACGCGGGACUUGAUAUAACGGUGUAUCGCACCUAUUUCGGUUAUAUUUUGUUACAGAAAAGUUGUUUUACUAAAGUUUUAUCACAAAUCCGCGGAAAAAACUCGUAAUACUUUUUAAUUUUACAUGUUUUUAUCAACACAUUCUAAAAAUGCGAGACAUAUGUACCUUCAAUAUCGAGAUUUAAACUGUCUCAGACCAAAGGAAUUCCUACAUACAGCGUGGAGACGUGGUUAUGAAUAUUUAAUGUCAAACAAAUCCAUACAAUGAUAAAGACGAUGUCCUGACAAGUGGAACUAGAGAACAAAAUCUGUGGAUUUAAAAUGUGAAAUUAAAACUUUGGAAUGAUUGAUUUUGUUUAAAAGGGGAUAAUUGUUUUAUUGAAUGAAGGAUUUACAAUAUAUUUUGUGUUGACAUAAAAAAUGAUAUAUUCAUAUAUAAACUAUACAUAGUGACUCAACCCAGAUACCAGGGUGUGUCAGGUUAUUAGUGUUUUGUGAUACCGAAAUUCGCGUGCCAAGAGCGGCAACUGUGAAAAAGGGGAGGUAACCAAGAAACGGAGUUAACUGAGAUCAGGGGGAAUAACUGGGACGCAAGGGUGGUAACUGUGAUAGGUCAGAUAAGAUAUUAAUAAGUAUGUAGACGAUGGGGUGUUCAAAUUCUAAAACAGUGCACCCAAGCAUACACAAUGAGAGAAACAAGGGUCAAGGUCAUGCCAAUGGUCAAGUUAAAGAGAAUAUAACGGCCACAGAGACAAAUUCUAGAAACAUCAAAGGUGACUACAGUCAGUACCAGCUCGCCAAACACAAUAGAGAAAAACAACAUAAACAGAGACAAAUCAAGUUGUUCAUGGCCGCAGAUGAGAUGGCCGUCAAGGUAAUGGAAUCUCGUGAAAUGCUAUCACUAGGAACACGGUCACGUGGUACGUCACGUAAUACGUCACGAGCAACGUCACCGACCAAUAAUAAACGAAACCAGCAACAGAAAGAUGAUCCACUGGUUCCCAUGACGCCUGUUGCCGAGGACAAAUUAAGUCGGGGAACGUCUUUAAGAAGCAUUGACAAAUCACAAAAGAAAAAACGCAAAUCAAAUAAACAAUCUAAAGGUAAAAACAAAAGCAAAAAGCAUCGGAAAGGCAAAAAAUCUAAGAAAGGGAAAGGAAAAGCUUUAACUACUCCAGACAAUCAGAAUUCUGACAGUGAUUCGGGUCUAGAAAAUGACACUGAAAACGAAGCCGAACAAGAUGAAACAGAUUCUGAUUUAGAAAACGAUCAACCAAUAAUAACCGAUAAUCGAUCACAAAUCGAAAAUCAAACGGAAGUUAAAAACAGUUCUAACACAAGCGAGAAAAAUGAAACCAGUCUGCCACUUACUGAACCAAAUGGUGUUAAAAGUGACGAAACGCCGCUUAUAUCAAAUAGAAGUGUAAGGGACAUCAAAAUACAGUCAGCAUCAAAAGAUUCAGGAAUAGCUGAAAGUGGAAUUAAUGACCAAUCGAAUCAGUCAGGUGAAGCAGAGAAAAUAGACCAGGGCGAACUAGGCCAAGAUAUUUUACCGGAAGUGCGGAGUGAUUCUCGCAUUUAGCAUUUCAUUCGAAAAUCUAGCAAAUAAUUCGAAUUUUAUCGUUGUUUAUCUCAUAAGCCUAUCUCAUUAGAUUAUCUCAUAAGUCUAUCUUAUUAGUUUAUCUCAUAAAUUUAUCUCAUUAGUUUAUCUCACCAGUUUAUCUCAUUUACAUAUUUCUUUAAAAAUUAUGUUCAUUUUUAUUUGUUAACGGAAACGCUAGUCCCAUUGUUGUCCAACUUUGCCAUUUUGAUAUUAUUCCAUUUGUCAUGUCUAUUCAGUGAUAAGCAUUUGAGCCGCGUCACGACAAAAGCAACCCAGUGCGUUUGCGACCAGCAUGGAUCCAGACAAGCGCG